AUGGCAAGGGAUUCGCCGAAGGAGGGCAAGACCGCGGUCUUUCCUAGCAAAUUGAAGAGUUUCAUGAGGGAUGUGGCCAGUCUCAAGAGGUCACACAGCGGGAGCCAACGUCCGCAGACGGCGGAAUCGGUCGUCUCCUCAGAGCAGGCGUGGAGCAUCGAGACUGAUUUUCCCGAAGAGCAGCCUCACAGCCAUGCGGGCAUCUCUGUCCAACUAUCACUAAGUUUUGACUCGCCGCUCGACUUCUGCUGGAACCGCUGCUAUAACAGCUCAGCCGACUUCAGGCCGAGCGAGCAGCUCCUCAGGGGCUUGGUCCGCAGGAUCGACCAUGGCUCGUAUGAACUCAUCACGCGCAAGGACCCCAACGCCUCCACGGCCACCAGAAGUGAAGGGAGGCCAAAGCCCAAGAGGUUUGAGAUGACCUUCCAGAUCAGCCAGAAGGGUUCGCUAUGGGCCUCGAGGACGUACAAGUCGUAUCAAAGAGCAGAGUUGAGCGCGGAGGCUAUCAAGGAGAUCAUCUUAUCAUCGCAUCGUCUGAUCGGCCUGUUUCUGCGUCGGCAUGAUCCUGGUUUUGUUUGGAAAGAUGGCCCGAUACGCGAUGAGAUUCUCGAGGCCCCAGAGCUCUCUCCCUACCGAGUUGGCGGGAUUCAACCUAUGAACUGCGUCCCUCGAUCACGUUUCCUGGAGGAGUCUCAAACAUUUGAGGUGAUACCCGGCUUUUCUCUCGAGCUCACCCUCACGAGCCGAAGCCAGCGCUGCAAGCCGCAAUGGCAGAAGACCAUACAGAUUGACAGCGAGCAAACCACGCCCCUGAACCUAGCUGUGGCAGAGGCAUUGUUUUCAAAUGCAUCCUACGCCAUGGAGGCGGCUCUGAGACCUAGGAAGAAGGCGAUCGAGGAACGCCAUCGCCAUCGCUGCGGAUUCAUCAGCGGGAUCUGUCAACAUUACGAAGACGAUGCUACUGAGAUCAGUUUACGCGUGAACAACAACCUUGGCCCAAAAUUUGAUCAUCUUCAUCGAACGAUGUACAGCAAGCUUGUCCUGAUAAGCCACCCCGAGGCUAAGGAAACUGUUGAUCUUGUCAAUAGCCUGGAACGCGCGAUGGAAGAUGCACGAGACAGCGCUGAUCACACUACCAAUGAAAUCAACGACCUUGACUUUAGGAUCGUGGAGUUGAGGGGUAAGGGAUGGCAUUUGGAUGAGCCGUUGGUGUUCACAUUAGGCCCUUCGGACUCCUACUCCCGGCGAAGUGUUCAAGCGAUACUCGAUCGGGUCCAAUCUGGCGUGGCUGAUACCCUGCGCGGAAAUGCUGCUACAGUUCGAAUGACUGCUGCCAAACGUGGCCACUUCAUAUUGGACAAAACACUCGUUGCUCGGGAACCGGCAGCAGCCUCGCAUAGAUGGGUCAUACCCUCGAAGAGCAAGGCAAAGGUUGUCAGUCGCCUCAACCGUCGAAUUCAACAAGAUAUCGACAUGAUCUGCAAAGAUACAUGUUCGCUCGACAAUCUCGACGAGGUGGCAGCAGAGGAGGGCAAGUCUGCAUUUAACCCUGACAUGAGUUCAGCGUUUGACCAGAGCGAAAUGGACACUUCUGAGCUUCGGCCUGAAACUCCAUCAAGCCCUGUUGCUCAGACCCCAAAACACAUGACCGGGACGCCUUUUACACCAACAUUAUCUCCGAGCCCGUGGAUAACCCGGUCAAAUGACCACCAGGACGUGCCGCUCUCGCCGGAUGGAAGUGUCUUCUCAGACAAGAGCCGACGAGCAUCUGUCAUCUGCCCCAAAACCGGUGUUAGGGCUUUCCCACUCGUGCCCACCACCAGCUCGUACGGUUUCACAGACAUGCCUGUUCUGAGCUCGCCAAAGCCGGAAGCAAAGCAACCAGAGGAGCCCACGAGCCCACCUACCGUGGACGAUCUUCCUUCAGACCGCAAGGAGGGUCAAGCUAUAAAGACUGCAGAAGCAGAGAAUGUCUUGGAGAACUCUGAGAAUAAUCACGUCAAGAGUCAAGAGCUGGAUCCCAACGACCAAGAGCCUAGAGCGGAGAACGCCGAGGCUCACGAUUCUCAGACGCCGAGUGUCGGCGCUAAGGACGAAUCUGAAGUGGAAGAGAGACGUGCGUCGACGAUCACAUUGGACUCGCACAAGAGGAAAGAAGCAGACGAACUGUCUCUGACUCCUUCUACACCAAGUCUAGUCUAUGGUGGCGGUCAUUCUGCGAGGAGCAGUAUAUUGUUUACUCCACAUAUACAAGCGGUCACUUCUGGUAUGGACAGUGACCCGUUGGUUGCUCCUGGUACACCCGAAAGCCACAUUGACGAUCAGGUACCAGUCAGUCAUGUCGAGUUGGAGUCUGAUCAGAAGCCCCCGAAACUGAACCCCGGCGGGUCGCCCUCCAGAAUGUCCAGCACAAACAAGCCCAGACCUGCGCCGUCUCCACUGCAACACCAAAGUCGCCAUAGCGAUGAGAGCAAACCAGAAGAUUCAACCACUGUUGAGGUUGAAGACGUCAAACGUGGUGUCGAAGCAAGUGAAGGGUCACAGGAGCAAAUGACACCUCCUACCGAUCAAAGUCGAGAUUUGUCAAGCGUUGCACAGGAAGCGGAAGUCAAGUCAUCGCCCGGCCCGGCUUCUGUCGAAGCUGACUGGCCAGCCAGCUCCCCUAAGGCUGAGAUUGAUUCCCAAGGCGAGAAGAAGGCAUUAGCUGCUGAAGCUCCCGUUGAGGAAGGACCCGUCGAGAAGCCACCGGCAGAGCAAAAACAAGUCAAGACUGGGCCUAAUUUCUAUCUGGAUUCAGCCCCAAGCUCGAACAACAGCUCACCGGUUGUUGAGCAGGUUGCUGUAGCUCCCGUGGCAAUUACCUUCACAGAGGAGCCGAGAACGCCUACAGACAAUGUUGUUGACGGGAUCGAGACACCCUCAGAUGGAUUCGCGCAGACUAGGCAAGACUUUGACUUCUCGUCCCCUUGGACCGUCUCUACUCCGUUCAGCGAAGAUCGCAGAUAUGCGCAUUUGGACGAGGCUAUCGAGGACGACGAACGGACAUCCCAGGACCCAGCUGGACACUCUACUAACCUACUAAUCCCCCGAUCAAUGUCUUCUAGCCUGGUACGUCCGCCCUUCCGGACCCGGAAAAGCUCGUUCGGAAGCGCGGGCUUGCUCGGGUUCCGCUAUGGUGAGCCACGGCUAAUCGAGAUUGGGUUGCGCAGGGCGCUGAUGAUACCGAUUGGUGGAGGAGGCACGUUAUCCCGGCCGAGGACGGCGACGUCUUUCUUUAACAGCAUGAACUACGGCCGCGAUGCGGCUUCAUUGCCGCAGCGGCCCGCCAGUUCGGGGAAGGAGCUGGAACUGGCCAAGGGGCCGGCGAGCUCCGCCGGCAAGGAGGUCAACUAUGGAGAGGUUGACAUGGACCCGGGCGUCAUGAAGAAGGCUGCUAGCUCGAACAUGCUGCAGGACAUGGUCCUGGUGCAGAGCAAGGAUGAGGCCCGCAAGGAUAAGAAGGAGAUUAAGCCCGGAGAAGGGCACAGGAACAGAAGUGGCAGUCUAAUGUUCUUGAUUGCUGGCGCGACAAUGGCCUCGCAGAUGAUUGGGAGUGGCUCUUCUUGA